GGAGGAGGAGGAGGAGGAGGAGGGCAGAGGAGGGCGCAGGCAGAGCCGUGCCCGGACGUGGGUCCCUGGAGCCAGCCCAGGCCCCGCAGGAACAGCAGGCCAGCGACGAAGUGCAGCAGGGCUCCCGCCAGCAACAACCACGCGCCUUGGUGCACGUGCGCCCGUAGCCCCACCUCGUGUCGCGGCCGGGCAUGUCCAGGAGGUCGCAGAGGUCGCGGACCCACUUGUUGACCGCCGCGUUGUUCUCCACCGGUGCGGCGGAUCCAAGCUCCACGACCGUCACCAAGAAUCCGAUGAUGUCGACGUCCACCGCGCUCCAGGAGAACAGCGAAUGUCUCCAUUGUCCAGAGGUGCUGCUUCUCGGAGGCGCGGUUGCCCAGCAGGGCGCGGACAGCCAUGGCGAUCCCCGUCGCCAGGAAGAAACACGGCACCAAAAAACAAAACGAGAAAUCCAGGGACAACCUCCGCUGGAGGACCUCGAGGGCGUGUGAAAAGCGUGGCGCAGGGACUGACCGUCCCGGCAUUCCUAUAGGCCUACCACGACAUGUUCU